CUGGAUUAAACGCUUUUGGUUAUUGUGGAAGGACUAAUCAGCCUCCACCCUGGAUACUUUUUAUUAUAUCAGCUUGAUUUCAAUGAACACGACAGGCUCAGGAUGACAGUGCACCGGCGUGUGUGCACCAUGAUCAAAAUCCAUCUGUUGCUCGUUUCCCUUCUGUUCACCUGUUUGUCCAAGUCUGCUGCGAACACCAACGACCCAGAACUGUUGCAGCAAUUAUGGAAUCAACUGUAUCGCUUCCUUCCCGGUCCAGCGGUUGCUCCACAACUUCCGUCAGGUGUCUAAGUUUCUUGCAAGUGCCAAACCUUUUAUCUUCAGCGCCUUUCGUGAAAUACCACUCUAUUCAUGUCCCGAUUCCCAUCCAUCUUCACACUACUACUCCCGUCAAUUUUACCGCCUUGGCAGAACUCGCCAUCAAUGUCGAUGUUUCCGUCAGUGUAGACAACGUGGAACUACGGCACACAGACAAUGGGCUGGUUUGUCAUGCAAGCCUGACAAUUUUGUCCGAGUGGCCGGUGACAGAUGCACGCGUGGCUGACAGCAGACUGAUGGAACUAAUAAACGGUGGUGUACGUCUAGACUCGGACCGUGUCUGGCAUCCUGAUCUGGUGAUUGUCGGGAGUUACCAUUUCCAAAGGCUCACGCGACGUUUGGAACUACGAACAUCACCCGCAGGAUUAGAAGCCGCCUCACCUGGACUGCAGGCAAAGGGUUCCUUGAACCGUCCAAAUAUGGCGCAGCCAAGUGGAGCUCCAAGAAUUUCAUCAUCGUUCAGUCAACAAGAUUUACCCGGGGAUAGCACGCUUCGGCAGACUCCCCGCAGGGAGCUAACAAAACUCACAGGUAGUGGUGGCGGAGGGUCCGACCAUAACCUCGGGAUCAAUUUGUGCUUCGCCCAAACUGGCCGAAUGAUACACAACUGUUUGGUUCCACUGAUUCUGGCUGUCACAUCUUUGAUCCUGUUAUGGAAUGGGCCUAUCGGGACGCGCGAGUCCACUUGGCUACAGCUUGCACUGCUAAUCCUGAUGUCCGGCCUCUGGACUUGGUUGAAUCAAAGCAACCCAACUCACACCGGCCUAUUCGGAUUGAUUGGUGUAUGGUGCCUCAUCUGUUUUUUGUUCAUCCUCGUGUCCGUUUGCUUGGCUGUGGUGCACGAACGGUGGGUUUGCCGUACCUUGUUGCGUCAAAGACGGCGUCGACUGACUCGACCACCAUCCACGAGUCUGCUACAAGCUAAAGGUCCAACUGCUUUGGGACCACCAGUAGGAUUGAACCCAAACCCUAAUGGUGGUUGUUUUCAAAGCUGUGCGUGCGGCAGCAGUUCAGGAACAUGUCCAGAGUCCUGCAUGAACUGUUCCACUGUACCCGGGGGGCGUGCAAGUGCGGGUGGAUUUAUGCCAGUCAAUGGUUCCAAUGGAGUGUACUGUAGUAACAGCAGCUGUGGUGGCGCAAGUGGACAUGGAUGUGGGGUUGGUCUGGGUACUUUGGCCGGGGCAAACACAGCAAGUAACAGUCCCGCUCCGAUGGGAUUUUCGGCCCAACCAAUGGGAAUGGGGACGACGAAAUUGGAUACAUAUGCAGAAAAUUUCAUAUGUUCUGGAAAUUCAGACCCUGGGAACGGUCCACUAAACGAUACAUUCCAUGGCUUUCGUUGGCGCAACGGACCGUUCGGUCGCCGCAGCAAUGGUGUGGGACGAAUCGGUGUGGAUCUGGCCGAAUGUCAACUGUGUUCCUGUCCUUUCUCGACCACUCAACCACAUCAAUGUACGGGUUCACCUGCUCCGCCCUACACUUCCGUAUCUAGCUCAGUUCCCCCAACCUUACCGUCCAAUUGUUGCGUAAAUGCCAUCAGAUCGGCAAUCACCGUUCUGUUUGUUCUUACCAGUGCAAUUUUUUGGAUUGCCGUACUGGCACAGGGAACCGUUCCUGACGCUUGUUUAGGUGCCUCGCUUUGUCAGCUUGUCUCGUCCGUCUAUACAAACUAAAUGAGGAGCGGUUGGUCCAGCCUACCAAACUGGACUUUUGUGCGUUGGUGAUCGUGUAGAUAUAAUUCAUGUAUAACUCUUCUGAAGCUUCCAAAACUCGCUUUCCUCCUGUUCUUUGACUACAAAGAUAACUUGUAAAUAAUGGCAGCUUGCUUGGUGUAACCUGUUUCUUUUCCAGUACACUCACUUUGAGACCAUACUUCAAACGGUGGGACUUUAGUACUCACUGUGCAUUUUACAACAUGGCCUAAGACUAGCAAUGUUAGCUUUCAUAACGUGUUUAUGCAAUUUGAUCUAGUGCAAUGAUGCAUUUUUAUCUCAAGUUUUC